UAGAUCAUAAAAGAGUUUGCAAUGGCAAUGCUCUGGAAAUUCAUGAGAGUAGCUAAGUAUUCUAAAACAGCUUUAUCGCCAAAAGUAAAGGUAAGAGGAAUUCGCACCCAUUCAAGGCAUUCCUCAUCCAAGUCUGUACCUUCAGAUUUUGCUGCCAGCACACCUUGCUCAAGUACUGUGGAACUGCUUGGUAAAGCUUAUCCUCGAGAUGACUACAGCAAUGUCACAGAGAAGAUUCUUUCCAAGGUGGGCAAGAACUUGCACAACAAAAAGCAUCACCCUUUGUGGCUAAUCAAGGAGCAGGUGAAGGACCACUUUUACAAACAAUAUGUGGGACGCCGUGGGACUCCACUCUUUUCUGUCUAUGACGGUCUUUCUCCAGUGGUUACAGUACAGCAGAAUUUCGAUAGUUUGCUUAUUCCACAAAACCAUGCCAGCAGAAGGAAAGAGGAUAACUAUUACUUGAAUCGUGAUCACAUGCUAAGAGCACAUACAUCAGCUCAUCAGUGGGACUUGAUACACUCCGGCCUAGAUGCCUUUCUGGCAGUGGGAGAUGUCUACCGCCGUGAUACAAUUGAUAACACCCACUACCCAGUCUUCCAUCAGAUGGAAGGAGUUCGGCUCUUCUCCUGUCAUGAGGUAGGAAUGCUCUAG